AUGCCUGAGUUCAGAUUCAUCGCCUCGGACACGUCGGGCGGCAAGCUCCAACCCGCCGACAAGGAGGCGCGAAGCCAUGCCAUCAAGCAGGGCCUGCAGCGAGGCGCCCAGGCCCGCUCGGAAACCGACAAGACGAACCGUCUGGCCCAGGACGCCGCGAGCCGCAGGGCCAACCUCCGGGGACGCUUUCGACUCGCGGGCCCCCCGUCUGGGGCCGAGGCUCUGCGGAAAGCGGGCACGCGGGCUUACCAGCAGCCAGACUGGACUGCCUGGUUCAAGAAUGACCGUGCCAAGAGCAGCAACGCAUCAAGGGGUCAGAUGACUCCCUCCAAGUCGGUCCCGCGGCUCAAGGCCCACGUCAUGGAUCCCUUCAACAGCCUGCCGAUUCCGAGCAGCCCGACGAUUGACUCUCUUGCCAAGUAUUGUACGUUGGAGCCCGAAUGUCUGUCUUGGUGUCCUCGGUGUGUGAGGCUGACGGUGCAUCUUCCGGGACCCUCAGUCGUCAACGGCUUCAGUCUGAACCUGACGACAGUGGACAAGCAGCGGCCAUGGUUCCCCUACGCCAUGCAGAGCGAGCUCGUCAUGCGUGCGACGCUCGCCUUGGCCGCGGGUUUCUGGACCGCCAGUCUCCCCUCUCUCGACGCCAGGCUCCAGAUUGAGGGCUACCGCCAAAAGGGAGAGGCCAUGCGAGCCAUCAGCAGCCGCCUCCAGACGACGGCGUCUUCGCGAGUGGCAAGCCGAGACACGUCGGUCCUGGCCGCCGUCGCUACUCUCGCCAACGUCGAGGAAAGCGGCGGCCCAGACACCAUUCGGCACGACUACAUCCUCUGCCGUUGCAUCAACUGGGUCGACGUCCAGGUAGCCUCGGGCCUCGGACGCAUCCCCUUCUUCCCGACCUUCCACACCCUCGACCAGGUCGUCCUCCCGGCGCCCAUCCUCCACCAAGCCGUCGUCCCGCCCCUGUCCGACCUCGGCAUCGAGGAGGCCAACGGCUCGGCAACGGCCGCGUGCGUCCACACGAUCCUCACGCUGCUCCGACAGGCCAUCUGCGCGCAGACAAGCGACAGCGUCGCCGCCGACGGGAUCCGCAUCCUCAUGGGCACGGCGGACAGCUGCAUCCUCAGCUUUCUCUACGGCGAGGGCGCCGAUCCCCGGCUGUCCUCGUCCUCCUCCUCCUCCUCGUCGUCGUCGUCCGCCGCCGACAAGAGGGUCCGCGCCCUCGUCCUGGGAGCCCACAUCUUCCUCUACGUCGCCCUGCGCGACGUCCCGCCGACGAGCCAGCUCCUGACCAUCCUCUGCUGCCGCCUGCGCGCGCUGCUGACGGAUCUCGACGAGCCGCCGGCCGCCGCCUAUGCAGAGAGCUGUUGCUCCUGA